AAGCCACAGCCGGGCGGGGAGGAAGCCGCCGAGACCCGGCCAAGAAGCCGGGGGUAAUUUAACAAGAAAAAAGGGGGGCGGGAAGGGCUACAGGGCCAACCUGUCAAUUCGCCACCAUGAACGUGGUUUUUGCUGUGAAGCAGUACAUUUCUAAAAUGAUAGAGGACAGCGGACCGGGUAUGAAAGUACUUCUCAUGGAUAAAGAGACGACCGGCAUAGUGAGUAUGGUGUACACACAAUCGGAAAUUCUUCAGAAGGAAGUGUACCUUUUUGAACGCAUUGAUUCUCAAAAUCGAGAGAUCAUGAAACACCUGAAAGCAAUUUGUUUUCUUCGACCUAUGAAGGAGAAUGUGGAUUAUCUGAUUCAGGAGCUCCGAAGACCCAAGUACAGUAUCUAUUUUAUUUAUUUCAGUAAUGUGAUCAGCAAGAGUGAUGUGAAAUCAUUAGCUGAAGCUGAUGAACAGGAAGUUGUGGCUGAGGUUCAGGAAUUUUAUGGUGAUUACAUUGCUGUGAAUCCACAUUUGUUUUCCCUCAAUAUUUUGGGUUGUUGCCAGGGUCGAAAUUGGGAUCCAGCCCAGCUAUCCAGAACAACUCAAGGACUGACAGCUCUCCUUUUAUCUCUGAAGAAAUGUCCCAUGAUUCGUUACCAGCUUUCAUCAGAGGCAGCAAAGAGACUUGCGGAAUGUGUUAAGCAAGUGAUAACUAAAGAGUAUGAACUGUUUGAAUUCCGGCGGACUGAGGUUCCUCCACUGCUACUUAUUUUAGAUCGCUGCGAUGAUGCCAUCACCCCAUUGCUAAACCAGUGGACAUACCAGGCCAUGGUCCAUGAACUACUGGGCAUAAACAACAAUCGGAUUGAUCUUUCCAGAGUGCCAGGGAUCAGUAAAGACUUGAGAGAGGUGGUCCUGUCUGCUGAAAAUGAUGAAUUUUAUGCUAAUAAUAUGUACCUGAACUUUGCUGAGAUUGGUAGCAACAUAAAGAAUCUCAUGGAAGACUUUCAGAAGAAGAAACCAAAAGAACAGCAAAAACUAGAAUCAAUAGCAGACAUGAAGGCCUUUGUUGAGAAUUACCCACAGUUCAAGAAGAUGUCUGGGACUGUAUCAAAGCAUGUGACAGUGGUUGGAGAGCUGUCUCGGUUGGUCAGUGAGCGGAAUCUGCUGGAGGUUUCGGAGGUUGAGCAAGAACUGGCCUGUCAAAAUGACCAUUCUAGUGCUCUCCAGAAUGUAAAGAGGCUCCUGCAGAACCCCAAAGUGACAGAGUUUGAUGCUGCCCGCCUGGUGAUGCUUUAUGCUCUACAUUAUGAGCGACACAGCAGCAAUAGCCUUCCAGGAUUAAUGCUGGACCUCAGAAAUAAAGGAGUUUCUGAGAAGUAUCGAAAGCUUGUGUCUACAGUUGUUGAAUAUGGUGGUAAACGGGUCAGAGGAAGUGACCUCUUCAGCCCCAAGGAUGCUGUGGCUAUUACCAAACAGUUCCUCAAAGGACUGAAGGGAGUAGAAAAUGUGUAUACUCAGCAUCAGCCUUUCCUACAUGAGACCCUGGACCAUCUCAUCAAAGGAAAGCUUAAGGAAAACCUGUACCCUUAUCUAGGCCCCAGCACACUCAGAGACAGACCUCAGGAUAUCAUUGUGUUCAUAAUUGGAGGAGCCACCUAUGAAGAGGCUCUAACAGUUUAUAACCUGAACCGUACCACUCCUGGAGUGAGGACUGUCCUGGGAGGAACCACAGUGCACAACACAAAAAGUAAAUCAGAAGAUGAAAAGUUCUAUGGGAGAAAAAAAGCAGAGCAAGGUAAAGAGAAACUGGCAGUGCAUGGAGGCAGUGGGGUUUCCUAGAGGAAGUUCUGGCUUCUGGAUUGCACAGCCGAAGCAAGGAGAGCUCUCAAGUUACAUCAAGGUCAGCAAGCAGAAGAUGAAAAGGUGAUGGAGAGGUGAGAAGAAUGGCACAACUUCCCCUCUUGCCUCGCUGCAGGCUUCCUCCCCUGCCCAGAGGUGUUGGAGAAGAGCCUUGGGUUUUGUGCUUGUUGUUAUAACCCAUCUCCAGGUAGCCUGCUGAUUCCUGGACUGUUGGCACAGACACCAAGACUCCCAGUGAUGAGUUGAGAAUAAGUCUGAGCCCUUUUUGACCCACUUUUCUCAUGGUUUCUUUAUCAAAUAAAUAAAUAAAUGUAUUCCUUGUAUUUGAUAGCACAAUCACUUCAGUUUCUGAUGGAUUUUGUUGGGAUCUUACCUGAGAAAAGGGUUAUCAGAGCUUAGAGUUCAAAAAAGUAAAAAUUAGAUGCACAUGCUAUAGACUCUCUUUUCUUGACCCUUUUUACUUUUUAUUAACCACAUUCCUGCACAACUCAUUUCUAAAAACUUAUCAUAUUUCUGUAAGAACCAUCCAAAAAUUGUCCCUAAAUUGCAAUUUUCUGUGGUACUGAGAAACCAUGUAUGACUACAAUAAAAAUCCAUUUUGUGAAAAGAU